AUGGCCAUGAAUGGCCCGUUGCAGAACCUGUCGGAGCGAGGGACGGGGAGCAUCCGGUCGAACCGGGACCGGAGCUAUGGAGGCUUGUCGACGACCACGUCCGCUCCGCCAAGCGUUGCCGGGGACUCCCGACCGCCGAGCCGGGGCCAGGAGAACGGAGAGAUCGACUACAAGAAGCCACGUAUAGGGACAGCUGAGACAAUUAAAUCCGAUGAAUGGCUUGAUACGCAGUUGUACGAGGAAGCAAUGGUGGAAAACGAGAGACUGAAGGAGCGGUUAAGGAAAGCCGACGAUGAACUUUCUAGUUCCAGGUCCCAGCUGGACAAGGCCCUGCAGAUGAACUCCGCAAGGAAUUCCCUCUCGGAUGUGGACAAGAGAGAAAAGAGAGCCCUGGAGAGGAAGCUGUCAGAAAUGGAAGAGGAAUUGAAGCAACUGCAAAAACUGAAGGCCGAGAACGAAAAGUUGAAGGCCGAGAACCGGGCCUUGACCCGGGUGGUCUCCAAGUUAACCAGUAAUCAGAGUGUAACGGCAACCAAGGCAGAAGAAAACGGGAAGGACGAUUCCCCCCAAUGAUCUAGAGCAUUUGGAACAGUUGAAGGUGGAAAACCAGCGACUGCGGGAUGAAAAUGGUGCAUUGAUAAGGGUCAUCAGCAAGUUAUCCAAGUAGCAGACGUUGGUGACUCACUCUCUUCGCGUGGAGUGCUUCUCUCAUCCAUAUCUUCUUUUUUUUCUGCGUGUACAGAUUUUUUUUUACAGUGAAGUAGCUGGAAGCUGCCAUCUCAUCUGGUGAUUUUUUCUUGUAAUCACUAUUGAGUUUCCAUCAGUUGGUCAGUUCAUCUCUGUGAGAGCAUACUUUGUCUUUCAUAUUCCUCUUCCUGUCCCAAGAAAGUGCCGAAAUCGAUGUCCUCCUCUCGUCUCUUCCGCGGUUUUAUUUUUCCCCUCUCGUGUUUGUGAUGGAAGGAAAGGCACAAGUUCAACUGUUCCUGCAAGAUGUGCUCUGGAUCCCAUCUAGUGUCAGUGAGAGUGAGAUGAUGGGUUCUAUACGAAGGCUCUAGUCAUGUUUGGACUGAGUGCAUCUCGAAGAAACAGUUUUUUUUAAUCAUUUCUUCUUGUCUGGAAAUUUUUUUUUAUAGUGAGUGGUCCAGUGAGUUCUGUCUCUCCUUGUUCAUCUGCAUCUUCCAUCCUUUGUGCCUUACCUACACUCUCUCUCUCUGCUCAAAAAAAGGAGCACGAAAAAAGUAUAAGAGAAGUCUUUCCAGGAUAGCAGGCUCGCUUUUGUUUGAUGUGAUAUGUAUAACUCUGAAUUGUGUUAAGUGUUGGCAAUGCAAUUGAUAGGAAACUCAACUCAUGACAUGCACGUCACAGUUGACUUGAGUUCUGUACUUUUUUUUGCACUAGGUGUCUGGUUUAGUCUCAUGUGCAAAGCUUCCUUGUUCUGUGAUUUUUUUUUUCACUCUUCUAUCAUUGGAACAAAAGACAUUUCUCCAAAGUAGAGUGCUCAUCUCCUAGGUUGCAUAAAAAUGGCAUUUCUCCUAGUUUGGCAGCUCUGUACUUACCCUCCCCAUCCUCCACCUGUGGAAUGGAAUCUCGAUGUCUUCAAGUGCCCAUCAGAUGUUUAUCUCUGCCUUGCUUAAUCCAUUCAGUGAUGGUGCCUUGUCUGUCAGAAGGAAUUUGAGCAUGUUAUUUAUUUAUCCAUUGAAGUCCUUGCAUAAAUUAAUAGCAUUUUGAAAUUUCCUGUAACUGACAAGGCAACAUCACAAAUUGUGUUGUCCAUGAAGAGGAAUUCAAGCAUGUUAUUUAUUUAUGCAAGGACUUGCCUUCAUCUUGUACAAGAGUUUCUCUUGACAAAGUGGAAGAAAGAGAAUGUGUAGUGAAUGUAGGAGAGAGAGAAAAUAAAGGUUAUUACUGUG